UUAAUUUUGACUGUGGACGUAUUUUAUUAUGCCUGAAGCGCUCUGGAAUCAAAUACGUAGCAGCUAAGCACAGAGAGCUCACGAUCCGAAGACUCAACAACAGCAGUAAGGGAUGAUCUCUCAGUUCUUCGUACUUUCUCAGAGGGGAGACAGCAUUGUCUUUCGCGACUAUCGGGGAGAUGUGCAAAAAGGAAGUGCGGAGAUUUUCUUUCGCAAAGUUAAGUUUUGGAAAGAAGACGGUGAAGAGGAAGCACCACCUGUAUUUAAUGUGGAUGGUGUAAACUACUUCCAUGUGAAGGUUGUUGGUCUGCUUUUUGUUGCAACAACUAGGACCAACGUGUCACCUUCUCUCGUGCUGGAGCUUCUACAAAGGAUUGCACGUGUUACUAAAGAUUACCUUGGCAUCCUCAAUGAAGAUUCCUUAAGAAAAAAUUUUGUACUUGUGUACGAGCUACUUGAUGAAAUUAUUGAUUUUGGUUAUGUCCAAACGACAUCUACUGAAGUCUUGAAAUCCUACAUAUUUAAUGAGCCAAUUGUUGUUGAUGCUGGUCGUUUGCCACCAAUUAGCCCUGCUGCUUUAUUUAUGCAAGGAACAAAAAGAAUGCCCGGGACUGCUAUUACCAAAUCCGUUUUAGCAAACGAGCCAGCUGGUAGAAAGAGGGAGGAAAUAUUUGUGGAUAUAAUUGAGAAAAUAAGCGUAACAUUCAGCUCAAGUGGAUAUAUAUUGACUUCUGAAAUUGAUGGUACCAUUCAAAUGAAGAGCUAUCUUACUGGUAAUCCAGAAAUCAGACUAGCACUUAAUGAGGAUCUGAGCAUAGGCAGCGGCGGGGGAUCAAUAUAUGAUUAUGGUGGCUCUUCUGGGUCAGGAGCUGUAAUGUUGGAUGAUUGCAAUUUCCAUGAAUCUGUUCAUCUAGAUAGUUUCGACAUAGACAGAACUUUGGCUCUAGUCCCUCCCGAUGGUGAAUUCCCUGUCAUGAAUUACCGUAUAACUCAGGAGUUCAAGCCUCCCUUUCGAAUUAAUGCUUUGAUUGAAGUAGCAGGGUCGCUCAAGGCUGAAGUAAUCUUGAAGAUUCGAGCCGAGUUUCCAUCAAACAUAACUGCAAAUACAGUUGCAGUACAGAUGCCUGUGCCAGCAUAUACAUCGAGGGUUAGUUUCGAGCUGGAACCUGGAGCGGUUGGGCAAACAACUGAUUUCAAAGAAUCCAAUAGGAAGCUUGAGUGGAGUCUGAAGAAAAUUGUGGGUGGUUCUGAGUGUACACUGCGUGCCAAGCUAACCUUAUCACAAGAGGCACAUGCAAAUAUCACCAAGGAAGCUGGGCCUGUUAGCAUGACAUUCACCAUACCCAUGUACAACCCUUCAAGGCUACAGGUGAAGUAUUUGCAGAUUGCAAAGACAUCUAAAUCAUACAACCCCUAUCGGUGGGUGCGAUAUGUUACGCAAGCCAAUUCAUACGUGGCUCGUAUCUGAUAGAUGAAUGAGGAGGGCCUUUCUCCUUGUCUAGAACUCUCAAUUACACAAUCUCGUGAGCUACCUUUUGUUUGCACUUUUGUCUCUCACUCUUUCCCUCUUGUUAUUUUCUUUCUUUCUCAAUCAGAGGAUUUAGUUUUAAGCCCCUUGUAACUCUAUUCCUCAAUGGCAAAUCAUUCCCUUCAUCGCUAUAAGUACCCAUUUGUUACUUUUCUGAUUCACUGCACCACUUGUUUUUAGUUUUUAUCUAAUAGUUUUUCUCAGUAAUAGUUCUCGUAAUGUUUACAUUUGAUUGUUUUCGUAUCCAAUAUAAUUUUCCAUAUGUAAUAUUUAUAUAGUUAAAUUUAAUCCCG